UAUUCAAUACCAUUCCUCAUUACAUUAAAUUAUCAUUUACCAACGGUUAUUUGUGUUGGCAUUAUUAUAUAAUAUUUUUCGGUACAUGGUGACGAUUUUUAUAAUUCAGAACAUAAACAGUUAUCGUUAGUAGUUCCUUCGGUUCGCACGGCUUAAGUUAACCUACACAAUUGUGUAGGUUAGUAUUCAUUUUCGUGUCUUUGCAUUUUGUUUUAUAUUUUUGUUAAAAUGCGUCGUGCAAAGUUGAAUGCGACCGAUAUUUUAACCACUUUGAACGAAGAAUCAGAAAUAGACGAUUUUAGUGGUGAUGAUUCGGAUUUUGACAUAACGUGGCAACCUUUCCCUAAAAAAAAUGCAGGUCAAUCGGAUCUAUCUGGAUCAGAUUCUGACGAAGACCAAGAUACAUUAACCAAUAACGAAUGUAAUAAUAAUAAUAAUUUGGAUGUCAGUUUAAAUACAAAUAAUAUAGAAGUACCAACCCAAACUAGUACACAAUCAACACCAAAUAUUGGAUGGAGCCAAAUGCCUUUUCUGGGUGUACCACUACCCGAAUUUAAUGGCCCUCGGAAUUGUAUUGAAUUAGGCUCACAUAUUAGUUACGUAGAAAAAUAUUUACCAGAUUUACAUUUCGAAGAAGCUGCGCUAUAUACUAACAUGUAUGCAUUUAGUACUAAGGGGAAAGAAUUCAGAGCCACUGCCAAUGAAAUAAAAGUAUUUUAUGGUGCCCAGGCAUUGAUGGGAAUUAUUAAAUAUCCUCGAUUUUUUAUGUACUGGCAGAGAGGUAUCGCUUUGGAUCUCAUAUCUUCUGCAAUCACAAGAGAUAGGUUUCUAGCUAUACGCACACAUUUACAUUUUGUUGAUGUAAAUAACCGUCUUCCAAACAACAAAAGUAAAUUUUGGAAAGUUCAGCCGUUGAUCGAAUUUGUUCGAAAUGCAUGUAGAAAUAUACCUCGAUCCAUUGGUUUAUAUUCUAUAGACGAACAGUUAAUACCUUUUACUGGCAGGUGUCCUCAUCGGCAAUUCGUAAAAAAUAAACCACGUCCCGUCGGGCUUAAAAACUUUGUGAUUACGACCACUACAGGAAUGGUCCUCGAUUUUGAACUAUAUCAAGGGACUGAAACUCCUUUUGAAGACCGCUCUCUUGGAUUAGGACCCGCUGUUAUUCUACAUUUAUCGAAAACAAUACCUAAAGAAUCAGUACUAUUUUUUGAUAGAUAUUUUACAACUGUCCCAUUUAUGUGACGGGAACAAUCAUGCAGAAUCGUUUGAAAAAUGUUCAUUUUUCGAAUGACAAAAAAUUUGAACGUGGUGUAUGGGAGGAAUUUACAAGAGCUGAUCAGAAAUUAACUGCCAUUAAAUGGAAAGGCAGUAAAUGUGUAACAACGGUAUCGACAACAACAGGUGCAGAACCACAUAAAAUAGUUAAAAGGUGGAGUAAAACCAAAAAUAAAGAGAUAAAUGUUCCUUGUCCUGCAGUAGUAGUAUCAUAUAAUAAAAAUAUGGGCGGCGUUGACUUGUGCAAUCAACAAAUAGAAGCUUACCGCACAUGGUUUAAAUCGAAGAAGUGAACGGUAAAAGUUGCAAUACACUUCAUAGACUUAGCAAUAGUUAAUGCUUGGAUGGAGUACAAAGAAGACGCAACUAAAAUGCAAAUUCCCAAAAAAAACAUAAAAGAUUUAAUGGAGUUCAAAAUCAAUAUCGCCAAAGAAUGGCUCUCAACACCAAUUAACAACAAACGACCAAAUGAAGAUGAAAAUUCUAUCGAUGCAAAUGAAGAACCUCCAAACAAAGUUUAAAAUUUUAGAGCACCUAUUCCAACAGAAAAAAAGCGUUAUGAUGCGUAUGAUCACUGGCCAGAAGCUGACAGUUUAAACACUGCUCGUAACUGUAGAAGAGAGGGAUGUAAAAGCAGAACCAGAAACAGAUGUAGCAAAU